AGAUGUACAAAGUAGUAGUAUAUUCUAGUCCCGCGACGAGUUGCAAACAGGGGAGUUGAUUACAUUAUCGAUACUAUCGUAAAAAUAAAGGAUCUACCAUGAAAGUAGACUUUCGUUUCCAGCGGUUUACGCAACAACACAGUUUGAAAAGCCGGAUUAUUCUUUAUUUUCUUUACAAACGAUGUUCAACAGUAGCUGUUCUCUCGGUAAUUGUAGUGUCGUUAUAUUUCACCAUUGCAAACCUCUCCCUGAUAGUUACUGGAGGAAGUGCAAAUUCACAAGUUUCCCUUGCCUUGAGGGAAGCUUCUUACGAGGAUCUCAAGCCAGUUGUAAGUUUCUCCAAUCUCACAUGGUCGGAGAGAAGUGUCAUAUUCAAUCGCAUUGAAAGAACAGGUAGUCGAACACUUUUAACAAUAGCAGAGAAGCUGUCUAAAAAAUAUAAUUACACAGUACAAACUAGAGAUGCCUGGGCAAUGAAAUACAUGGGAUUGGGAGAGCAGAAAGCGUUGGUACAUACCGUUAACGCAGUGAAGACACCGUUUAUUUAUGACCAAUCUGUCCACUAUAUACACUUCCCAAGAUACGGCUCCAAGCAGCCAUUUUGGAUUAGCCUCGUUCGCGACCCUCUUAGGCGGAUCAUAUCGCUCUAUUACUAUAAACGUUACGGUGACGUAGGAACCAGGCCGAACGCCUCGCAGCCCACAGCCGGGAAACCCAGUUUCGAUGACUGUGUGUUGAAAAACCAACCUGAAUGUAGCCUAAAGAAUGUAUUCCGCGUCAUCCCGUAUUUCUGUGGACAAAGUGCAGGAUGCCGUGUUCCCAACAAAUGGGCUCUUGAGACAGCCAAGAAAAAUGUGGAAGAAAAUUUCAAGUUUGUUGGCGUGUUGGAAGAACUGAAUACAACAUUUCAAGUUUUGGAAGUCCUUCUCCCACAAUUUUUUCACGGAGCACCAAGGGUUCACAAAUCUAUUAUAAGUUCUGGUGUUGUGGAUCACUUCAAAUCGUUUCCAGGACAACCGCCAUCAGAACAGGCACUUACGAAGAUGAAAGGACGUUUGGCGCUAGAAUACGAAUUCUAUGAAUUUGUGAAAGAAAAAAUGACCAAAAUGAAAAAUGAUCUUGGAAUAAAAUAACUCACAGAUUGGGUCAUGUAUUAGUAAUACAAUUUUUAAUGAACAUUUACCCCACUAGGGGGUGGGGUAUAUCACUAGCAUACAAAUCGAUACUAUAAUCUACUAUACCAUACCUACCGUAUCAAAAA